GAACGAAGAUCAGAGUUAAGGCAAGGCCAAAGAGGCACUGAGAGAGAGAGAGAGAGAUGGGGAAGAAGUCGAAGAGCUCGAGGAAGGGGAAGAAGGCUUGGAGGGCUAACAUAAGCACGGAGGACAUAGAGGACUACUUCGAGAAGUCCACGAAAGAUGCUCUCUCCGGUGGCUCUCUUACUCAUAUUCCCAGCGAAUCCCUAUUUUUUGUUGACAAGUCCAGAGAUUUAUCAGUCAAAAGGAAGAUUGAAAAGCACAGAGAAAAAGUACUCCGUUGUGACAGUUUGUUACAAAGAAACUCCUUUGUUCAAUCAGUACCAUCUUCAACACAGAAGAAAUCCAAGAAAAGAAGUGAAGUCAAGAAAGAAAAAGUUGAUAUCCAGGAACGCCCUGAGGAGGAUGGUGUAUCUGAUUCUGGCAUGGUUGACAUAUGGGAUGACAAUGGUGAACAUAAUGGAAAAAUUAAAAAGAAGCCCAAGCCUUCAAUUAUUCCUGCUGUAGAAGUUGAGGCUUCUGGAUGCUCAUUCAAUCCCUCCUUUGAGAGUCAUCAGGAUUCUUUAGCCCAUGCUGUUGCAGAUGAAAUGCAGAAAAUUUAUCGACAUGAGUUGGGACCUCAACCUGUUCCAUUAAUUGUUCCUGGAGAAGUUGUUGAUGAAGAAGAUAUGUAUUUUCUUGAGGUGGAUAAUGGGAGCGAAGAUGAUGAUCAGAACAUGGAAAAUCUGGAGGAUGUAGAUCAUGAACAUGAGAAUAGGUCCUCCAAAACAAAAAGAGUCACGAGGGUUGAACUUAAUCGGAGGGCUAGACAUAAGGAGCAGUUGAGAGCAGAAUCCAAAGGAAAGAAAGCAGUGCAAGUAUCUAAAGACAUUGACUGCUUGCCUGACAUAAUUGAAGAAAUAGCCAAAGAGGAUGAAGAGAGGCAGAAACGACAUCUCCGUCGCAUGGUUUCUGAACAAGAAAGAUUGAGAUCUCGUCCACCACGGUUGGGAAAGCACAAAUUUCAGCCUGCCCCAGUUCAGGUCCUAUUAUCUGAAGAAAUUACCGGUUCCCUCCGUAAACUGAAGGGCUGUGCCACCCUUGCUAGGGAUCGAUUUAAGAGUUUAGAGAAAAGAGGAUUGGUUGUGCCAACAGCUAAGAGCAGCAGGAAAUAGAAAGUGCAUUCACCCAUAGAAGCGAACCGGAAGCGUAGUUUUCAGCUAUUGAAGAUCAGUAACAUGAUGGCAGUAAACUGUGAGAUCGAACUUAGCUCGAGUUUUGAACUUCGGAGCUGAUGUUAAAGAUUUCAGCAUGCUUGGUGUUUUUCAGUUCAUUCUCAGCUGUCCUGGUUUUGCCAAUUUUGCAGAUGGGUAUAUAAAUGGUUAAAAAAAAAAAAAAGGAAUGCCAUAUGCUGAUGAUGCUAAUUAUAGGAAAACCGGUUUCAGGACCCUCUUCUCUCGAUGAAUCAUGUAUUUCCCGUUUCGGUAUUGUGUUAGCUGUGGCUUUGUUAUGCUUUCUCGCCAGGUCUAUGGUCAAUUUCGUCGAAUUCUUGUUGAAACGAAGUUAAUGUUGUUACUGUUUCAUCGACAUAUUUAUGGUUAACUUGAUUUGAAUCUGUAACCUUAACUGGGCCUGCAUAAGGUCCUAAAGCUACGUCCAAGGUUUUCUUAACUAUGAUUAUUUAUGU